AUGCUACCCUUCUGUGGAGUGAACGCAGAGACGCUCGCGCAGGCGCUCAAGAAACAAAAGCUGCGGGUUGACGGGCGCAGUCCGGACCAUUUCCGCCGGCUUCAGAUUUCUUUCCGGCGCAGCAAUGGCCACGCGGAGAUCGCGCUGGGUCGCACGCGCUGUCUGUCGCAAGUGACGGCCAGCCCCUUCGCGCUGCUGCCGACAGACCGCGCCUCGGACGGCGAGAUCUCCUUCCGCGUCGCUCUUUCCCCGUCGAUUCCUCCCACGAGCGCGGAGUUAGCUGGGCAGAGUGCGCUUUCGGCCUCGCUGGCUGCGGCAGACACCCGGCGGCGGAGCACGAAGAGCUCUGAGCUCGAGCGCGAGCUGGAGCGAAUGCUCCGCAGACUCCUCAAGGACAGCGGCGUCGUCGACACGGAGGCCCUCUGCAUUCAGAGUGGGAAAUGGGCUUGGCAUGUGCGGGUUGCAGUGACGGUCGUGGAGGACGACGGAAAUUUGCGAGACACGGCUCUCCUGGCUGCGCUCUGCGGGCUCAUGCACUUUAAAAAGGAGGCAGUCACUUUUGACGGCGACCAGGCAGUCUUUCACCGUGCGGCAGAUCGCGAGCCUUUGCCUCUCUGCAUCCAUCACCUGCCGAUCCUCGUGUCGUUCGCGUUUCUCCCGACGCGAGGCUCUCUCCUCAACCUCAGCGCCCCCAAGGGUGAAGGAGAGGACGAAGAAGACGCGCUCCCUGAACCCUACUCGUCGCAAACUGCGGGAAAGCGCGAAGACGAAAGAGACGACGAAGACGACCUCGACUACGUUGUCGAUCCAUCAGCUCUUGAGGAGGCUACCCUUCCUGGAAAGGUUUCGAUUGCCGUAGGAAAGCAGGGAGACAUCUGUGGGAUGUAUAAGGUCGGAGGCCCCGUUCUACGAUUUUCUCAUCUCAUCAAGCUCACCAACCUUGCUACAGCGAAGGCCAAGGAGCUCUUGUCAAUUGUGCAGGCAGCUGUCCAGCAGGAACGGGAGUCCCAUCAGCGGCGUCUCCGGACCAAUGCUCGAAGCAGGUACGAGGAACCGUGCGUCCUCCUGACCCUGCCAGACAAGCACACGUUGCCGCUCCCGUCCACUGCCCCGCCUCUCCCGCCUCAUCUGGACAGCUUCUCAGCGGCACCGUCGAUCCUUUCCAGGCGAGAAGUCGUCGCUUCGCCUCCAGCGCCUUCGUCAACUGGGCCGGUCUCGGCGUUCGAUGCCCCGAGUGUGUCGUCUCCAUCCGGUGCUGCGGUGCCGUGCCCACGUCGCUCGCCUCUAGCCGACCCGAUAGAAGGCGCUCGCGGACCUGCAGAAGACGGCAAGAGCGAAGGAAAAAGUCGACGGAGUUUGGACGCGAGAGAGGCCAGUCAGCGCUUCCCAGCCAGUGGAAAGGAGCAGUCGACAGCUCACCAGUCCGUCAGGUUCCACUGUCCCCCUGCUCGCGAAGUUUCCGACGGGAUCGCAGCCACAAAACAGCCCCAAGACACGGCUGCCGAGAGCGUGUCCGGAGCUAAGAUACCACAUCCGAUGACGUCAAGAGGAUCCGACGCUAGAGGGGUCGGCGACUCGGAUGAGGAAGCCCUUGAUCUGUCGAGUGCGAUUUCAUCGUCCUUCGCCUCCAAGGUGAAGAAACUACGAAAGUCGCCGUGA